ACGCUAAAAAGCCGCGCUCAUCAGGAAUAAAUUGUUUAUUAUUGUUAUUCAUAAUAUACUUUGAAUGGGAUCAUGGAUUAUGAUCUCUUUCAAUCAGAUGACGAUGAUGAUCUACUCACUGCAUUUAAUGAGGCCACCCAAAGAUGCCACUCCCAGCAGGGACACCAACAGCAAUCGGUACUCGAGCACCAUGGAGAAGAUGAUGAUGAUCGGAUGUUUAUGGACAUUAUACCCGAAUUCAAUUGCAAUGGUCGUGAUACAUUGAAAACAAAACAAUUUCCUAACGAGAGUUUCAUACGAAAUGGCUAUGGUCAGCCAAAUUUGCCACGACUUAAUAUUGAGAAUCUAAAUUUUGAUUUCAAUUGCAAUCAGCUGCAACAAGUGGUCGCUGUAAGAAACUAUCUGCAAGGCGAGGCUUGUAAAAAUAUACAAAAACUUUUUGCGGCUGUUAAUGGUCAGCAGCAAUUACAAGGGGCCACGAGUUCAACACGUUUGUCUCUUGGAUCGAGUUGGUUUAAAAUACGCCAACAGGUCACACAUUUCUAUCAUCUAAUGAUCGUACUAUAUCAGGAUACAGAUGAUAAUGAUGAUGAUGAUGCAGAUGCAGAUGAUGAGGAUACAUUGUCCCGGCACUGGCUGGAGGAUGUGCGACAAUUGCUUAAUCAACAAUUGGAUGCCGAGAAAUGGAAAACUUUAUAUUUUGCUGAAAAUAGCAAAGGAAAUGAAUGUCAGGCUCCAAGCUAUCAUUUAUAUCAUGGUAUUUUGGAAUGGAGAUUAAUGGAUAUAAUACUUUUAUCUCAAGGCGAUAGAAAUCGUGAACAAUUUGUGCGUCAAAUGGAACGUAAUUUGGAUGAUUUAAUAUUAUGUUCUUGGUAUAAUUAUCGUAACAAGCAUCGUCCCGAAUUGAUACAUAGUUCACCAUUCAUUUGUCGUUGUACCAAAGAAUUGUGGCUGCUUAUCAAACAACGUUUAAUUGUUAAGAACAUGGACUUUUGGACACACUUUCAUCAGGCCAUGCAAAGGCUAAAGAUAACACAAAGCCAAGGACAUAGUCAGAGUGAAUCCAUUAAUCAUAAUUUAGCCUAUCAUGAGUUCUAUGCCUGGCUGCGUCUUGGUUUGGCCCGUCUGGCCAGCGAUCAUGAUGCUGGCGAUGAUAAUGACGGAUCUCUGUCUGGAGACUAUCAAUGUUCAAUGCUUUUACGACAAUUUCUGGCCUCUUCUCCGGACGAGCAGCAACGUCGUGUCUAUCUAUGCCUCUUAGCUCCGCUGCUAGAGCAAGCUAAAGAUGCUACUGCCGCAUUGCCCGAUAUUCUGGGUCAACUUUGGGAAUGUUUGCAUCGCUUGUUAAAUUCCAAUUUCCAUGUCCAGCAAUUGGAACAAUUGCCCCUCACCCAGGCCAGCGGGUUGGCCUAUUUGGAGCGUUAUACAAAGCUUCUGAAUCAAAGGCAAUUGGAUGAUUUGAAUCUCAGUAGUUUUAGCAUGUACGUUUGGCUAUUGGGUCGAACAAUGCGUUCGCAUCCGUCGCAAGGACAAAAGCUUUUGGGUCGUAUAUUUAGUAAAUUUAGUGCAGCAAAACUAUUGGCCCUCAAUGAAUCUGGAAUCCAUCAUAUAAUCGAGCUAUUCCUGUGCAUAUUAUUGUCGCAUGCAUCGUUUGCCGAUGUGGCCACGAAACUGAGAGAGAUGCUGCUGUGCCUGGUGCUGGAGAAGUUGCCACCAGGACGACGUUUUUUGGCUGCCAAAGGACAUAUGGCUGUGCUUUUACUACAUGCUCGCAAACAUCACAAUAUGGAGGACUAUAUUGUUAAACUAUUAAGUCAAUUGAAUGCCAUUCGAAAUGAUGUGGAAAUUGGCGGAAUCUAUGCUAAUACUUUGGAAUCGAUAUUCGAAUUGGCUGAUGAUUUUAGUCUCGGCGAGCAACUUUUGGUGGGUCCUUGGCUAACCAUUUAUGCGGAAAAGUGUGGACAAGCUUCGCAGGAUCGUAUAUGGGAGCUGUUGCACAUGUUAAUUGGACGUCUGAAUGAUCUUCGAGGUGGAGCUGUGGCCAUGAAAGAUGCCCUACAGCAACACAUUUUACCCCUGCUCAAGAUGCAAUACGUUAAUAAUGCUCAAAGUCAUAAGCUAACACAAUUGCUGGCCGAUUUCAUUGGCCUGGAAAAGGAUCAGGAGCGAGAUAAUCUAAUUGCGGGUCUUUUCCAAGGACCCGAACCGGCCAAUAUGUCGGCAUCGGCACAGCUUUUGCUAUAUAUUCUGCAAGCGGAGGGCAAAAAUCCAACAAAUUCCAUAAUGAUCCAAGUUUGGGUUAAAUCUUUGGUUCUUCUGACGGCCCAACAUGAGGUGGUUGUGGCUCUAACCCAACAUAUUAGCCAACUGGAGGAGUUCCGGCAAUUGCAAUUGGAGCCAGCAUCAUUGCAGGCAAGUCGCGAACCCUUGUGUUCGUUUUUUCGAGCCCUGGGCCAACGUGUCCAGCAUCAGGAGGAAUCGGAAGGACUGCACAUGCGGAUGCAAUAUAGUCAUAAGCUUCAUGCUUAUGUCUAUCAUUUCGAGCAGUGGUUACCUCCGGAUCGUUUGCGCAGUGAAUUGGGUUCACGUUUCUUUAGCUUCUUGGCCAUUGUUAUCUACAAUUGCCCCACCCUUUCAUAUGUUCGAUCGAAGCCCAGUUGUUUCUUUCACCUGGCAAUGGUGAGAUUUCUAUUGACCACCCAAUUGCAGGCUGGAACACCGCCCGAGCCGCGUCUACCACAAAUUGUGCAUAAAAUCUUUCCGGUAUUACUGCAAGGCAUUGGACGUUUGUCGUAUACGUCGGAUACAUAUCUGGGCAAGACUCUGGAGCAGCUUAUCCAUCAUUGGACACCACAUUUUAGUUUUACCACCAAUGUGAAACUGGUGGCUCGCCCCUAUUCCAUUCUCCUGCAGGCCGAUAACGAUGGAGAGUUGGCUCAAUAUGUUUUGAAUCAACUUACUAGCCAAUUUCUGGCCGUACAACGUCGCAAGGCGGGUACACAUGCUGGUCUUAUUAUCACAUUGCUGCAGCAACUGAUGGAAGGACUCAAUGUGGAACAGGAGAGGGAGCUUCUCACUCUGUUGAGAGCCAUUCAUUCGCCCCUGCUGGAGCAUAUUAUGUUUGUGGAUGAACUUGAGCAUAGUCGGGGCCAGGUUUUGGCCAUUUAUCGGAUACUUGUCUCACUGCCAGUAUUCAAAUCAUCCACAAAAGCCAAAGAGAUUUGCUCAAGUGUCGUUUGUUCGUUGGCCAAAAAGCAUUUGGCUCAUUGUACAUAUUUCUAUUUCCAAAUGCUUAUCAAACUGGCUGAACAGGCACCAGAAUUGGUUAGACCAUUGUUGCCGUUCGUAAAGCAAGAAGCAGAAAUGGUAGAGCUUAAACGUGGCGCUGGCGAAGAUGUGGGCAUAAGAAAAUGCCUUCAGCGAUUGCAGCAGGUUUUCCCUUAGCAAUAAAUAAACAAAAUCAA